AUGCAGGUGGCUCACAUCACAGCACACGGGGAGAAGGACAAUGUAGUGAUGACCCCAGGGAGGCAGAAGAAGCUGGAGGAGAGCCAGGGCCUCUGCUGCUCAGGCUGCUUGGACUGGAGCUGGGCUCUUGGCCAGUGUGACUCAUCUCUGGCUCUGCCGGCCACAGCCAGGGAGCUGGCAGGACAGGGCUGGGCGGGUAGCUGCCUGCACCAGGCAUGGCCGCUGCGCUCCCAGCUGUGGGUGAAGGCGCAGCUGUGCGCCGUGAGCCUGGAGCCCGCGCGGGAGCUGCUGCGCUGGUGGCGGAGCUCGGGGCCCGCGGGCGACCCUGGCGCGGACGCCUGCUCUGUGCCGGUCUCCGAGAUCAUCAGCGUGGAGGAAGCAGACGCGCACGGCAAGCACUGUCCCGGCGGGAAAUGGCAGAAAAUGGAGAAGCCCCACGGCUUUACGGUGCACUGUGUGAAGAGGGCACGGCGCCACCGCUGGAAGGGGGCCCAGGUGACCUUCUGGUGUCCCGACGAGCAGCUGUGUCACCUGUGGCUGCAGACGCUGUGCGAGCUACUCCGGAAGCUGACGUGCAGACCCAAGCAUCUGCUGGUGUUCAUCAACCCCUUUGGCGGAAAAGGACAGGCCAGGCGGGUGUACGAGAGGAAGGUGGCACCGCUGUUCGCGUUAGCUGGCAUCAGCACGGAGGUCGUGGUGACUGAACGUGCCAACCAUGCCAAGGAGAGUCUCUAUGAAAUGAAUCUAGACAAAUACGAUGGCAUCGUCUGUGUGGGCGGGGACGGCAUGUUCAGUGAGAUCCUGCACGGGCUCAUUGGGAGGACGCAGCGGAACGCCGGCGUGGACCAGAACCACCCCCGUGCGGCGCUGGUGCCCAGUCCACUCCGGAUUGGCAUCAUCCCGGCCGGGUCUACGGACUGCGUGUGCUACUCGACCGUCGGGACCAAUGACGCUGAGACGUCUGCCUUGCACAUCAUUGUUGGAGACUCGCUGGCCAUGGACGUGUCCGCCGUGCAUCACAACAGCACGCUGCUGCGGUACUGUGUGUCCCUGCUGGGCUACGGCUUCUACGGUGACAUCAUAAAGGACAGCGAGAAGAAGCGGUGGAUGGGCCUCGUCAGAUACGACUUCUCAGGCUUAAAGACCUUCUUGUCCCAUCACUGCUACGAAGGCAUGGUCUCUUUCCUCCCGGCUCAGCACACGGUGGGGUCACCGAGGGACCAGAAGCCCUGUCGGGCAGGGUGCUUCGUCUGCAGGCAGAGCAAACAGCAGCUGGAGGAGGAGCAGAAGCGCUCGCUGUACGGCCUGGAGAACGCGGAGGAGGUAGAGGAGUGGAAGGUGGUCUGUGGGAAGUUUCUGGCCAUCAAUGCUACCAACAUGUCCUGCGCCUGUCCCCGGAGCCCCGGGGGACUCUCUCCAGCUGCCCACUUGGGGGACGGAUCCUCUGACCUCAUCCUCAUCCGGAAGUGCUCCAGGUUCAACUUCCUGCGGUUCCUUGUCAGACACACCAACCAGCAGGACCAGUUCGACUUCACCUUUGUGGAAGUUUACCGCGUCCGAAAGUUCCAGUUUAUGUCGAAAAGCCUGGACGAUGAGGACAGUGACCUCAGGGAGGGAGGCAAGAAGCGGUUUGCGCAGCUCUGCAGCCACCACCCCGCGUGCUGCUGCACCGUCUCCAACAGCUCCUGGAACUGCGACGGGGAGGUUCUCAAUAGCUCGGCCAUCGAGGUCAGGACGCACUGCCAGCUGGUCCGGCUGUUCGCGCGAGGCAUCGAGGAGGACCCGAAGCGAGCCUCGCAGAGUUGA